AUGGCGGAUCACAGCAAAGCGAAUCGAUGUAGCGUGAACGACAAACAAUGGUCUGAAUACGUGUUUAGACUUCCAGUUGAGGCCCGAGAUAGGUAUGUCAAAAAGCUGAAGUACAAAGGCGGAAGUUGCACUUUACCAGACCCGUAUAAUUUGCGAAGUGGAUGGGUGGACGAUCCGACCACAUGGCCUGAAAUUACUUUCACUGAUAUUUAUUUCUAUCUCAUAGACACUCCAGGACAGUUUAAACACAAUUCCAUGCGUGCAUUUAAGUCUUUGAAAGCCUAUGAAUGUGUUGAAAGUGGACAUGUCCUACCGAUCCAGUAUCAUGAAAUUGAGAAAGAAUCACCGUUUUGUUUGCUGAAAACAAAGGUGAUACCAUCACAACGUUUGAGAGACAAGCCUCACCAGCCUUGGGUCUACCCCCCAAAAAAUACUGGGGCAGUGUACUGUGCACACUGUACAUGUAUGGCAGGACUUGGGGAAGUUUGCAGCCAUGUUGAAGCUCUUUUUUUUAAAGUUAAAGUAAGAGCAGGUCUUACAUCAAAGUCAUGUACAAGCUAUGCCUGUAGAUGGAAUGCCACAUAUCGAAAGGAGGUACGUAUUGUAAAGACAUAUAUUUCCUACUCUAUGACUAGAAGUUAA